UUGAAGCUGAACUCAUUUCACUGAAGAAGGACGCUUGAAGCAGGCAUAGCAGCAAGAUGAAUAGAAGCCGUCAGCUAUUACUAUUUGUAGGGUUGCUUUUCCAUUUUUUCUAUUUAUGGUCAAUCUUUGAUAUUUACUUUGUGCUGCCGCUUGUGCACGGUAUGGACAACCAUAAAUCAACUGAUUCACCACCGGCUAAGAGGCUUUUCCUUAUAGUAGGAGAUGGUUUAAGGGCUGAUAAGACGUUUCAAAAGCUCCACCAUCCUAGAACUGGAGAAUAUGGGUAUUUGGCUCCCUAUUUAAGAAGCUUGGUUGAAGAAGAAGCUACUUGGGGUAUUUCAAAUACUAGAAUGCCUACUGAAUCCAGACCGGGACAUGUUGCCAUGAUUGCUGGGUUUUACGAGGAUGUCAGUGCUGUUACUAAGGGAUGGAAAGAGAAUCCAGUAGAUUUUGAUUCGUUUUUCAAUCAAUCAACCCAUACCUAUUCAUUUGGUUCCCCGGAUAUUUUACCAAUGUUUGCAUAUGGAGAUAAUGUUGUUCCUGGAAGAAUUGAUGUUUGUAUGUAUGGACAUGAAUUUGAAGACUUUACCCAAAGCUCUAUUGAAUUGGAUUCGUUUGUUUUCAAUCACUUGUAUGGGUUAAUGGAUGAGCUGAAAUCAAAUGAUACUUUACGCGAUGAAUUACAUCAAGAUGGUAACGUUUUCUUUUUACAUUUAUUAGGUCCUGACACUGCUGGUCAUGCUUAUAGACCUUACUCGGCAGAAUAUUAUGAUAACAUUCAGUACAUUGACAAUCAAUUAUCCAAGUUGAUUCCAAAAAUUCAUGAAUUUUUCGGUGACGAAGAAACUGCUUUUGUUUUCACUGCUGAUCACGGUAUGUCCGACUUUGGUUCACACGGUGACGGUCACCCAGAUAAUACAAGAACUCCCUUGAUUGCUUGGGGUGCUGGUGUGAAUAAACCGGUUUCAGCUUCUGCAGAAGAUAAAAAGGCUCAAGAUCCUGUUCUUAGUGGCUAUGAAUCGACUUAUUUUGAUACCUGGGGAUUUGAUCAUUUGGUAAGAAAUGAUGUUAAUCAAGCAGAUAUUGCUUCUUUGAUGGCAUACUUAAUUGGUGCUAAUUAUCCGGCUAAUUCUGUUGGUGAAUUACCCUUAAAUUACAUAAAUGGUGAUUCUAUAACUAAAGUUAAGGCUUUGUACGAAAAUGCUUUGGCCAUUGUUGAACAAUAUUUAGUUAAAGAAAGUGAAGUUUAUGAUCACCAGUUUAAAUUUAAACCAUUUGAUCCAUUUAUAAAUAAACCAAUUAAAGAUUCUAAAAACCAAAUCGAAGCUUUAAUCUUCUCUUUAGAAAAUCACCAAAUUUCUGCCAAAGACAAAGAAUUUCAAAUUUCAAAAGCUAUCGAAUUAUCAGAACAGUUGAUGAAAGGUGCCUUGGAUGGUUUGACCUAUUUACAAACCUAUAACUGGUUGUUACUUAGAACUAUAGUAACUUUUGGUUUCUUUGGUUGGAUUAUAUUCUCUUUUAAUCUCUUCUUAAAAUUAUUCAUUUUGCAUGAUGUCCCUGAACAACCAUUAUCCAAGCCUUUACUAGGCUUUUUCACGAUUUUAGGUGGUUUGAUUAAUUACUUGUUGAUUUACCAGGCUUCUCCCUUCAAUUAUUAUAUGUAUGCAGCAUUUCCGUUAUUCUUCUGGUAUAUUAUAUUAAACGAAUUCAAUAUUUUAAUUCGUGGUAUUAAUGAGUUUUUAUAUGGUAUUUCAAUUCCUACUCGUUUAUUCAUUUUGGCAAGUUUCCUUGGUAUGUAUGAAGGGAUUGUCUAUGGAUUUUUCGAAAGGUUUAUGUUCUCGAUAAUUUUUGUAUUGGUUGGGUUAUAUCCGGUUGUUUUAAAUAAUCCUAACAUAAAAUCACUCACCAAACUUUCUUGGUUUAUUAGUUGUUCUGUUAUGACUAUUUUCACUAAUUUGGAUCCAAUUAAAACUGAAAGUUUAUGGCAAAUUAACACUGGUACAAUCAUUGCAUUUUCUGUUGGUGUUUGGGGUAGUAGGAAAGUUUUUGCAUCUAAAAAACCACUCCAUCCUUUCAACAAAUCCCUUAUUAUCAUCCAAUUGGCGCUCUCUGUGGUGAUGGUAUAUUGUACUAACGUAUCGGUAUUAUCAUUACAAGCUCGAAAUGGUUUACCAUUGCAUUCACAAGUUUUAGGAUGGGUUACUUUUGUCAUAUCUGUUGUUGUCAUACCAAUCUUAUAUACUUUCCAUCCCUCCAAGGAUUACCAAUUAAGACUUUUGAUAAUUUAUUUGACAUUUAUACCUACCUUUAUCAUUUUAACUAUAUCGUUUGAAUUGUUAUUCUACGUUGGAUUUUCACUUGUCUUAUUGCAAUGGCUCAAUAUUGAGCAAAGUCUAAAAUUUUCCAAACAAGAAAUCUUAAAAGCUAAAGAAUCACAGCAUCGUUUACCAAAAGGAUAUUGGUUACAAGUCAUUAGAAUCACAAUCAUUGGAUUUUUCUUCUUACAGUAUGCAUUCUUUGGUACUGGUAACGUUUCAUCUAUUUCUUCGUUUUCUUUGGAUUCUGUUUAUAGAUUGAUUCCUAUUUUUGAUCCUUUUUCGAUGGGGGCACUUUUAAUGUUGAAACUCCUCGUUCCAUACUUGUUAUUAUCUACUUGUUUGGGCAUCAUGAACUACCAAUUAGAAAUAAGAAAAUUCACCAUUUCUUCAUUGAUCAUUUCAACUAGUGACUUUUUAUCGUUAAACUUUUUCUUCUUAGUUAGAACCGAAGGUUCUUGGUUAGACAUCGGGGUCUCCAUUUCUAAUUAUGUGUUGGCCAUCCUCUCCUCAUUAUUCAUGUUAAUUUUAGAACUCAUCAGCUCGCUUGUCCUUCAUGGAGUGGAAUUCGAAGAAGCCUUAGAAAGAGAAGAUAAUCUGCCUGUUACUUCUUCGGUCUCUGGCUCAAACUUCAAUGAUGAUGACGCACCAAUUAGUUCAAGAAUUAGGAGGAGAACUCAGAAAUCAUAAUCAGUUAAUCCUUCAAAUACCUUUACUCCUGUC